CUCUUCGCAUUACUCACAACUCUCAACUUACCGGAGAACAAAAAUGGCAGCAUUCUUGUUCUUCCUCACCAUCGCAGCCUUCACUGCCCCCAUCUACUCUUCUCGUGCACCCUUAACGUCAGCAGCUGUCCGCGACCCUGAAUUAGUAGUACAGGAAGUACAAAGAAGCUUGAACGUGUCGCGGCGGCGACUGGGCUACUUGUCCUGCGGCACCGGCAAUCCGAUCGACGACUGCUGGCGGUGCGACCCUGACUGGGCCGACAACCGGCAGCGGCUCGCGGACUGCGCCAUCGGGUUCGGGAAGAACGCGAUUGGGGGCAGGGACGGCGAGAUAUACGUGGUGACCGACAGUGGCGACGACGACCCCGUCAAUCCGAAGCCGGGCACGCUCCGGUACGCCGUCAUCCAGGAGGAGCCGCUGUGGAUCAUCUUCAAGCGCGACAUGGUCAUCCAGUUGAAGGAGGAGCUCAUCAUGAACUCCCACAAGACCAUCGACGGCCGGGGCGCCAGCGUCCACAUCUCCGGCGGGCCGUGCAUCACCAUCCAGUACGUCACCAACAUCAUCAUCCACGGCGUCCACAUCCACGACUGCAAGCAGGGCGGGAACGCGUACGUGCGCGACUCCCCAGGGCACUACGGGUGGCGCACGGUGUCGGACGGCGACGGGGUGUCCAUCUUCGGCGGCAGCCACGUCUGGGUCGACCACUGCACGCUGUCCAACUGCCACGACGGCCUCAUCGACGCCAUUCAUGGAUCCACCGCGAUCACCAUUUCCAACAACUACUUGAGCCACCAUGACAAGGUCAUGCUGCUGGGUCACAGCGACGAGUUGACGUCCGACAAGAGCAUGCAGGUCACCAUAGCCUUCAACCACUUCGGGGAAGACCUGGUUCAGAGGAUGCCAAGGUGUCGGCAUGGCUAUUUCCACGUGGUGAACAAUGACUACACCCACUGGGAGAUGUACGCAAUUGGUGGGAGUGCUGCUCCCACUAUAAACAGCCAAGGCAACAGAUUUCUUGCGCCCAAUGAUCGGUUCGCAAAAGAGGUGACUAAACGCGAGGACGCACAGGAGAGCGAGUGGAAGAAGUGGAACUGGAGGUCGGAAGGGGACCAGAUGCUGAACGGAGCCUUCUUCACGCCGUCCGGGGCCGGAGCUUCGUCGAGCUACGCGAAGGCUUCGAGCUUGGGGGCCAGGUCGUCGUCUCUCGUCGGGACCAUCACUGUCUCUGCCGGCGUUCUCUCGUGCAAGAAGGGAUCCCGCUGUUGAACCUCGACCACCACAAGCAGCUCAAAGCGAUGCCGAUAUAUAUAUCUAUAUAUAUUUAUUCUCUUAUUGUUGCUCAUUUCUCUUCUUUCACGUACUGCAUGGUUAGUCAUUACGAUACCAACCUCUGCCUGUUAAUCUGUGAACCACUUGGGUUCAAAGUGGAAAACCCCAUCUGGUUUCCUGUGCAGAUGUGUUGAUACUACUUGACUUGGGAUUUGUCUAAGAAUGCCUAUU